AUGAUUGCAAAAUUUGAGGAAUAUUUUUGUGAAAAUAGCAGCAUUCAUGGUUUAAAAUUUGUAGGAGAUAAACGUAUUCUUAGAGUAGAAAGGUUAUUUUGGAUAAUUGCGGUGGCUAGUGCAUUCGCUUCCGGCUAUUAUUUGAUUCAAUCCAAUUGGGAUCAUUACAGAGCUAAUCCUACUGUAGUAACUAUAAGGAAAGAUUACAGAAAUUGGGAGAAUCCAUUUCCGGCAGCAACAGCCUGUUUUGUGGAUCGUGUAGACAAAGAAAAAGCAAGAAUAUACAUAGAAAAAAAGUUUGGCGUUACCAGCGACAACAAAAAAUUCGACUAUUAUAUGAACUUUAUAAAUAUUUUAUCAAACGCAACCUAUGCAACAUUUUCACACCUGGAACCUUAUCAAAACGAUGGAACUUUAUCUAAUAUAAAUAUGAUCGAACUAGUGACGCAAGUCCAUCCUGAUCUUAGCGGUAUUUUGGUCACUUCCCACACACAUGUAAAGGCCGAUUGGGAAAUGGUGUUAACUGAAAAUGGACUUUGCUUUUCCGUAAACUCAGAAUUUUCUGACUUACUUUCUCCAAGUUAUAAAAGGAAAAGCUCAAAACUGAGGACGACUAAAGGCAAUCUAAAAUGUCAUUAUCUUAACGGUCUCUGUUACGCUAGAUAUGAUUCUGAUCCAGAGAUGCCUAUUAUGUACUAUAUUCAUUCUUAUCUUGAUAUUGCCCAUGCCACAUCAGAGCCACCCUUCCUAGUUGGUAAGAGCGAAGAAUUUGAAAUCAACUUCAAGCUAACAGAAACGUACAGUUCACCUAAUAUAAGAUAUCUAACACCGCAACAAAGAAAUUGCAGAUUUGAUAACGAGCCACUGACAAACAAUAUUCCAGUUUAUAGUAAAAGCAUUUGCUACGUCGAAUGCAGAUAUAGAAUAGCAGUGAAAACAUGCGGAUGUAAACCUUUCUUCUAUAACUUUUUGGGUGGCAAAGUGUGUAAUAUCAAAGGAUUAGUUUGCUUGUCUCAAAUACACCAUUUGUUUAAUCAAUCGCUUCAGACUCUUGAUUGUGCUUGCCCACAGCCUUGUGACUUAAUUGUGUAUUUAAAGGACACUCCGCAAUUAACAAAAUGGGAAACAGGAUUUUUUGGAGAAAGAAUAACAUUUAGAUGGGGAUUGCUCUCACCCACAACGAAGUAUCAUAGAAAGGUACUGUUCGGAUUUCAAGAUCUAAUUGUGUCUUUUGGUGGAAUUUUAUCCCUUUUCUUAGGAAUGAGCUUUAUUAGUGUAACUGAAUCAGUAUUCUUACUACUCGACUUUCUAUAUCAACAUCUAGUUAAAAAGAAAGUGUAAAAAAUAUAUGUGAUGAUAAUUUGUUAUUAUAUU